ACUAAUAAGGGAAUUGACGUCAAGAUCGAUACGAAUAUAUAUAAUAAACAAUAUACUGAGCUGCGAACGCUACAAGGAACAACAAAACUACGUGUUCGCCAGUAUUUAAUGUACGGAGUUGACCUCCAAGAACCAGUAUAGCGAAGCCGACCAAUGCGCUCCGGUCGUACAUAAUAUAUUAAUUCUAAAACAAAAAUAAUAAUAUUUAUUUAACACAUAAUUUAUUUAUACUCACACAUAAAGUGAUGACAGUGUUUUGUUAUCAAAAAGUGAUAAUCAAUUGACAAAAUGUGUAAAAGUUUAGUGUUUUUUGUGUCCACUCUUUUUUGGAGUUAUGCUCUUACAGAAGACUGCACGACCCCUCAAGGCAUGCGAAGUAAUUGCGUAUCUUUAUACGAUUGCCAGCCAUUAGUGAAUGCCUUCAACCAGCGCCCUCUACCGUCGAGCGUGGUGAGCUACCUCAGGAAGUCUCAGUGCGGAUUCGAGGGCUACGUGCCUAGAGUAUGCUGUGGUCCACUACCUUCUAAUGAUCAGCCACAGCCUAGACCAACGCAAAGACCAACUUCUCAACCAUCAAACCAGGAUGGGGGUGGCAGUGGGUUCUUCCAAGAAGACUCGUCCCCAGCCCCACGCAACCAGUGUGGUGUGGAUACCAAUGGAGACAGAAUCUAUGGGGGAACGUUCACGGAUUUAGAUGAGUUCCCAUGGAUGGCCUUACUGGGUUACAGAACACCAGGCAAGGGAACUAUAACGUACCAGUGCGGCGGGGUCCUUAUAAACCGUCGUUACGUGCUGACCGCGGCUCAUUGCGUCACUGGUGCCAUCAACACUGAGGUUGGAACUUUAGCAACAGUACGUCUUGGAGAAUACGACACACAACAAGAUGUCGACUGCGUGGACUCGCAGUGCGCCGACCCUCCCCAGGAGAUUGCUGUAGCUGGGGCAUACCCUCAUCCAGGGUACGCUGAUAAGAACAAGAACAGAGCUGACGAUAUUGGCAUCGUCAGGCUUGCCAAGCGGGCCGCUUACACAUACUACGUCCAGCCCAUAUGUUUAGUGGACAGUAGCGAGCGGCUCGCCGCCGGGCACGACGUUUUCGUUGCCGGUUGGGGAAAAACCCUAAACGGACGUAACAGCCCCAUAAAACUGAAGCUUGGUCUCCCGAUCUUCAACAAAAACGAAUGCAUCGCGAAAUACAGAACAUUAGGAGCUGCUUUAGUAGAGAACCAGAUAUGUGCUGGUGGGGUCUUCGCCGAAGACGCGUGCAGAGGAGACUCUGGUGGUCCUCUCAUGAAGAGAAAGCCUGAAGGCAUUUGGGAGACAGUCGGCAUUGUAUCCUUUGGCUACGGCUGCGGUAGAGACGGCUGGCCUGGCGUCUACACCUCAGUAGCCAAAUACCUAGAUUGGAUUAAAAAUACUCUUGAAACAACGAACGUGUGAUACCUAGUCGUAAGUGUGAAUUCUUUACAAUCUCACUCUAAUAAAGAAUUUCCGUCAACUGAUAUACCUUUAGUAAAAUGUGAUCUAUUUUGUUUAUAAUUUAGUGAAAUACAUUAAAGAUAAGGUU